AUUUGACUUUAAUUGUUUGUCUUAUUUGGCUAUUCCAUCUUGCUUUUACUAAUCAAUCUAACAAUCUGUUCUCUCAAAAUAGGCAUUGUCAUUUUUCCAUUUAGGGUUACAUAUUCUUAACAUGAGCAUUUAGUGACUUUAAAGAAAGUUUUACACAACAUAAACAGAUCUAAUACUACUACAAUCACUAUGAUGCCAAUACUAUUAUGAUAAAAAUGAUAAUUACUAAAAUCUUGAUCUGUCCUCUUCUUGGACAGUAUAGCAGCAGAGCAUGAGCAGCUGCAGCUUCAUGUUAAGAUAGGCUGACCUGGGACCUGGUUAAAUAGAACACUACAUAUUUCUGUCCCAUGAAUCAAACUAAAAUAUUAAACACACUUCUUUCAUUUACCUUAUAGUUCUUGGUACUGACUUGUAGCAGUGUGGUUCUUGAUGGCGUUGUAAACUUUGUUGAUCAAACCUGCUCACGACUACCCCCUUGUGGCUUUGGAGAAAAUAGCAAAAACAAUUCUAGUUUGACAGCAAAGCACAAGUUGUAAUGUAAUCCCUAAUAAUUAUAGAAAUGUAUUUCAGAUAUCCUAAACAGGUCAUCAAUAAACAAAUGUGGUUUUUCACCCUGAGCAAUUAACUUUCUGCAUCAGUGAUGUAAAUAAAGCUGAUUCAGCCCAGACUUCCAGUCCAACAUCUGCCCCCCUGUAAUGGUUAUACACCUUUAUUUCUGAUAACCAUUGAUGAAUGCUUUUCUCGAGGCAAAUAACUCCAGAAGUUUAUAACAAAACAUGCAAUGUGGACAUAGCAACCACAGAGGCUUUGAAGAUGGCACAGGAGGUGGAUCCCGAUGGAGACAGGACUUUGGGUAUCUUGACCAAGCCUGACCUGGUGGACAAAGGCACGGAAGAGUCCGUGGUGGAAAUAGUCCGUAAUUUGGUCAUCCACCUGAAGAAGGGCUACAUGAUUGUCAAGUGCAGGGGACAGAAGGAGAUCACAGAGAGGGUGUCUCUGACUGAAGCAAUAGAAAGAGAGAAAGCCUUCUUCAACGAUCAUGUACAUUUCCAGAUUCUCUACGAUGAAGGCCGUGCCACUGUUCCUAAACUGGCAGAAAAACUCACCCUUCAGCUGGUGCUUCAUAUCAAGAGAUCUCUGCCUCAACUGGAAGAGCAGAUAAAGAUGAAACUAGCACAGACUCAGGCAGAGCUGGACAAAUAUGGCAGUGGACCCCCAGCUGAGGCCGCUGAGAGACUCUGUUUCCUCAUUGAUAGAGUGGCGGCGUUUACAAAGGAUGCUAUCAGUCUCACCACAGGGGAGGAGAUCAAAUUUGGAGGCAGGCUCAACAUGUUUGCCAUACUCAGAAAAGAGUUUGCAUGA